UACAAACCGGAUUUUUUCGAAAACAUUUUAUUCGAAAAUAUAUUUAGGGCACAUUCAAAUCAUUUUUCUACGUAGUUUUCAUUAAAAUCUAAACAUUGUCGACGGAUUGGCAGUUUUUUUUAUUUGUCAUAAAAAAUUGCCAAUCUGGCGAUAAAAAUGUUUAGAUUUUAAUGGAAGUUAUGUAAAAUAAUGAUUCGGGUGUGCGCUAAAUAUAUUUUGAUCAAAUAAAUGUUUUGGAAAAAGUCUGAUUUACAUUUGACUUGCCCAUGUAUACAUCAUAAGAGAUAUUGCAUCAUAGCUAAAUAAUUAAUAAUUAAUAAUCAAUUAAUUGAAUAGAAAAUUAUAGCUGUCAAUAAACAGUUGUUCAAUAAUUCAUCAAGUAUAAGAAGUUUCUAUGUGUGAGAAAUAAAAUAGUAACAUUACUUUAUUUUUAAAAUUUUAUUAAGAUUUUGUAACACCAUUUUGUUGUCUAUUUUUUCAGGAUGGCUAAAUCACCAAUUAGCAUACUCCAAGAAUUAUCAAUUAAGGAGGGAUAUGUUCCUAUUUAUGAUUUCAUAGGUGUAAAGACAGAUGGGAUUUACAAUCAAUUUGUAUGCAAAGUAAAGUGUAAAGAAUUCAGUACUGAAGGUGUAGGAUAUUCCAAAAAAGAUGCUAAGCACAAUGCUGCAAAGAAUAUGUUAUUAUUACUGCCCAAGAAAAAUGAAAUUUCAAUAUUAUCUCCAAUCGCAAACACAAUACAGAUCUCUACACCAAAAAUUUGCGAGCCAUCAUCACCAAGAAUUCAAACUCUGUCAAGCCCUAACCAUGUUAACUAUGUUGGAUUGCUACAAGAAUUUUGUGUACAACAAAAGUUAAUGACCAAAGAUAUUUUAUAUGAAGUUGUCGAUGAGAGUGGACCACCUCAUAUGAGAAUCUUUACAAUAGAAGUCAGUGUAGGGUCUAUACGUGAAAAAGGUUCUGCACAAUGUAAAAAGAUUGCCAAACAAGAAGCUGCAAAGAAAUUGCUACAGCGUUUACAUCCUGAUAUAAUUGAUAAAUUUUUGAAGGGAAAUAAGAAUGAUACAAAUUGCAAAGUGCUUGAGGAUAUUAUACAAAAACUAGGUGUAGAAAUAUCAGAAUGUAUAAUAAGCAAGCCAGAAUUACCAGUUGCAAGCCUAUCGAAAAAAGCACAAAUGUUGUAUACGAAAUGUACCAAUAAGGAAUUUAAAGUGACUAGGCAAGAUUUUCUACUCAAAGAUCUUCAUGAUUUAUUCAAGAAAACUUAUUCCAAUAAAAUUUCUCGUAAUAUGAAAAAAAAAAUGCAAAUUGUACGUGACAUAUACACCAAUCAUGCAGAUAUAAUAGAAGAAGUCAUGCAAGAUAUCGUGAAAGCAUUAGAAGUCAAGAUAGAGAAAACUAUUUUACCUAGCUUAACAAAAAACUAUAUAAUAAGUCUGCGCUUGUCAUCCAAUCCCAUUAUUACACAAUUUGGUAUGGAUGAAACUAAAGAUAAAGCAGAGAUUCAGGCAAAGUAUAAUGUUAUUGUAACUGUUUUAACACUUUUAAACAUUUCUUAAUGUAUAUAUGUAUAAAAUGACAGAGGGCAUGUAAAGAAACAUAAAAAUAAGAAAUAUCAAUUUUCUUUUA